GAUUUCAAGAUAAUUUGCGCCGAAAUUUGAAACGUCGGCCAUCAUAAUUCGCCCGUUCUGUAUUUCUGUAUCGCUUGUUUUAACCCAACCAAAUCAAUAAUUCGAAAUGAUAAAAUAAGACACGAAAUGGCUUUUUCUGCACAUUUUUUCACAUUCCUCGCGAUAAUCAUAACCUCACACUUGACGUUAUGUCAGGAGCCCGAAGUUGUGGAAGACAUCUCCAGCAACCUCACCUCCUUCACCAACUCCACCCACAACGCAACUCUCACAAACACCACUGAAUCAUCCAGCAACAAAACCCUCAAACUCGUGCAAUGUUUGCCCGAUUUUGGGGCCCCCGAAGUCCAACUAGUCAACGACACCGAGCUCAUUAAACUCCUCUUCACCCAGAGCAACAUCACGAGCCGGGACACCCCCGCCGGGUGCAUCCUAGUGCUGUUCUACUCGAAAUAUUGCCCGUUUUCCAGCAUGGCAGCCCCCCAUUUUAACGCUCUGCCAAGGGCUUUCCCCGAUAUUAAAAUGGUGGCUAUCAACGCGCUGGCUUAUCGGUUGUUUAAUACGCAGAACGGGAUUGUGGGGGUUCCCACGUUAAUGUUGUUUCAUAACGGGAGACCCGUUGCUAAAUUUAAUGAGUCGGAGUAUACACUUGAGCUUUUUUCCAAAUUUUUGGCCAAACAUACGGGGAUUGCGGCUGCCGAAAAGUCAAUUGUGACCUCGGCUGAUUUCAAGGGGCCUGUCACCAGUGUCCCUGCGCGCGAAUUUGAUAUUUUUUUGAUCAUUUCCUGGGUUUUUAUUGCUCUGUGUGGGGCUUAUUAUUUCACGAAGUCCAAGUGCUGGGGGUGGAUUGUUGAGACCAUUCAGAGCAACUGGAGGGAGUCGGAGGCACACGCCCAGCAUGAGCAUGCCGAUUAGGCCCUUUUUUGUUUAAAUAAAUUAUUUUUAUUGAA